UGUACUGGACAGAUUGUGGACACGAACCGAAGAUAAAGCGAGCUGCGAUGGACGGUACCGGCAGGACAACCCUCAUCAACACACGCCUGGGGAAACCCACCGGUCUGGCGAUCGACUUCAAGGAACACGUGCUGUAUUGGUGUGAUGCCGGAGACCCAUACCACAGGCUGGAGAAAUCGGAUCUCCUCGGCAAUAAUCGUCGGGUUGUCGUUUCGUACCCGAACACUCAGUUCCUAGGCAUUGCAGUCGACGACGGCAACAUCUACUGGACGGCGAAGUAUGUGAUAACGUUAGCAAGAACAUCGGAGGCGAACACGGGACUUCGCGUUGCCAUAGGGAGUGGGUACGGUGUACUGAAUGGCAUUCAUCUGCAUAAACAUGGCGUCUCCACUGACGUUACCAACGCUUGUUCCUCGUACAAUGGUGGAUGCCACCAUCUGUGCCUGGUUCUUCCCGGAGGGAGGACGUGUGCUUGUCGUGACGGCUGGGUGCUCAGGGACGAUGAAUCUACCUGCACCCCUCCCGAUGUCCGUCUGGUUGGUGGAAGUAGCCAUCACGAGGGGAGGGUAGAAAUUCGGCACCACCAGGAAUGGAGGACAGUCUGUGACGACAAGUGGAACAACGACAGCGCACGUGUAGUAUGUCGUCAGUUGGGGUAUCCAGAUGCCGCGGAGGCAAAAGGAGGGGCCUAUUUUGGUCAGGGAUCGGGCACUAUUGGACUAGACGAUGUGCAGUGUACUGGAAAUGAAACAAACUUAUUUGAAUGCGAACAUAGAGGUUGGGGCGUGAGUAACUGUGGGCACCAAGAGGACGCGGGAGUUAUUUGCUUGUUGGAUGUUCGUUUGGUGCGAGGAGGCUCUGCGUACCAAGGACGAGUCGAAGUCUUACACGACGGGGUCUGGGGCACGGUUUGCGAUCGCGGCUGGGACUUGAGAGAUGCAGACGUGGUCUGCCGUCACCUGGGGUACCUGGAGGCGGCGACGGCCGUAAAGGCGGCGGCGUUUGGCCAAGGCACGGGGCCGAUCUGGGUGGACGACGCGACCUGCACUGGGUACGAGACCAGCCUGAACAAAUGUGGACACGCAGGGUGGAACACGAGCUACUGCCAUCACAGUCAGGAUGCUGGUGUCGUCUGUCAGUUGCUAGCUGUUCGUCUUGUCGACGGGAACAGUCCUAACGAGGGUCGGGUAGAGGUGUUCUACCAGGGCAAAUGGGGGACGGUCUGCGACGACGGCUGGGACCUGAAGGAUGCCAGCGUCGUCUGCCGUCGCCUAGGUUACCCGAACGCAACUUCGGCUUUAGACCGGGCUCACUUUGGCGAGGGUUCGGGACCCAUCUGGCUGGACGAUCUGGUCUGCGAGGGCGACGAAAGCGGGCUGUCGGAGUGCGGUCACAGUGGACUAGGUGUGGUGAAUUGUGGGCACCACGAGGAUGCAGGAGUAGUAUGUGCGCCACCUAGCGAAUUGACAAGGACGACAGCGGCAACAACUUCCACCACUCCGGAUACAACAACUUUCACCAUUCCAGCUCCUAACAAACAAACGGGCAUCCUAACGUCGAACACAGCCCCUUUUAUCAUCGCAGCGGCUCUCUCUGCGGCCUUUGCACUUGUCGGAGUGGUGACGUUAGUCUUAAGUUUCUGCGUCUUAAGGCGCAGAAAGGCCGUUAAGAAAAGACUUCAACGUGCGAUCUCCAACGACUAUCAGAACACCAACCCUGCCUUCUGCAUCGACGACAAUCCCAUUUACUGCACGGCGGGCGAAAACACCUACGAUGUAGUCGGAGACCGGCCGACUCCACACGAGAAGGCCCGAGACCUGCCGACUCCACACGGCGGGGCCCGAGACCGACCGACUCCGCACGACGGGGCCCGAGACCGGCCGAAUCCGCACGACGGGACCCGAGACCUACCGAGUCCGCGUGGCAAGACCCGAGACCUACCGACUCCGCACGGAGGGACCAGAGACCUUCCGGUUCCUCACGAUGCGGUCCGAAACCGACGCGUCAGUUCAGCCAAGCAAGAACAGACGGAAGACGAGAAAACUAAUGUGUACGUUGACAUGAGUGCGAAGUUCAAAGUGUACGAAAAUUCGGUGUCUAUCUAAGGUGUUCGCCAGGCAAUAAAGGUUAUAACAUUCAAGAUAGACAGAGAAGAUAAUAUAUGGAGACAAAUGUUUUUACAAAUGAAUCUUUAUAUGAUUGUACACUACUACACUUGUGUAUCUUUCUGCACGUCAUGAAUACGGGAUUAAAAUACUUGUUGCCUGCGAUAUCAUAUUUUGUUAUUUUAAUUCUUGUUACAACGUU